UUGCACACCGGACCGCAAAUUUGAACCACAUUUGGGGUCAUCUACCCUCUAUAAAUAGCCGUAGUGUUGCAGGAGGGCGGGCGUGUUUGGUCGACAGGGAGAGGAAAGGGAGUGUACUCUGGUUUUGCGGAAAUGGCAGACGAAGACUACGACAUGGACGGAGGGUAUGAAGAUGAACCAUUAGAGCCUGAGCCCGAUGAAGGGGUAGAACUAGAAGAGGAAGCAGAUAAUAACAACCACGAUGACAUUACUGACCCCCUUUUAGCUGAAACUAAUGAAAAACAAGAAGAGGAACCAGGAGAACGACCUCGGAAGACCUCAAAAUAUAUGACGAAAUAUGAGCGUGCAAGAAUUUUGGGCACUCGUGCCCUGCAAAUCAGCAUGAAUGCACCUGUGAUGGUUGAGUUAGAAGGUGAAACUGAUCCACUUGAGAUUGCAAUGAAGGAGCUCCGUCAGCGGAAGAUACCUUUCACCAUCCGCCGCUACCUGCCAGAUGGAAGUUACGAAGAUUGGGGAGUUGAUGAAUUGAUUGUGGAGGACUCGUGGAAGAGGCAAGUGGGAGGUGAUUAGUGCAUGGAUGCUGCAACUUUGAAAGUUUGUUGAGAUGGGGAUUUGAAAGUUUGUAUUUGUAAUGGCUUGUUGAAGGUUAUGCUGCAACUUUAAAAGCUUUAUUGCUGUAAUGAAUCUUGUUAGCAUAAUCCCCUUGGACAAAGCAGUCUUGCUGCCUAUGGGGGCAUUAAUGUUGAUUAGUUGCUUUGUGUGUAUUGAUCAAUUGCUUCCUCUGAUUUUAUUUUAUUUUUACUUUAUUAUUACUUUUAUUUUAUUUUAAAGAAUGAUUAUUAUUA